AUGGCACCAAAGGGAGGCAACGCAAAGAAGGAGAGCGGGCGGGCAAAAAAGGCAGAAAACGAGGCUAAGAAGAACGCAGCCGCUGAGGCAGAGAAAGAGCGAAAAGAGGCGGAGAAGUGGCAGGACAAUGAAAAGGCCAGUAAAUCCAAGGCGGAUAAAGAGGAGAAACGGCGAGCGGAACUGGCUCGAAAGGCGGAGAACGCGCGACUCCUGGCGGAGGAGGAAGCGUCAGCACCGCCAAAGGUUAAGGCUGCCCCCAAGGCAGGCACCUCCAAGAAGGCUGCGCCGAAGAAUGCUAAACCUGCUGGUCCUGGAGCAAUUGCUGCCGGGGGAGGCCUCAGUGCAGUCUCGGCGGACGAGAAGGUCAAGGACGAAAAACCAGAGGAGCCUGAGGUGUUCGCCGCGACUGGUAUCGACAAUGCUCUGGAUCUUCUCGAGGUAGUGACAGCUAAGAUGGACAAGGCGAGUGUUGGACAGCAGGCAGCUGGACUCGAGAGGCAUCCAGAAAGACGUUUCAAGGCCGCAUUUGAGGCAUACAAAGAACGCGAAUUGCCAAAUCUCAGAGCCAAGCACCCGGGGCUGCGACUACAACAGUAUCAAGAGCUAUUGUUCAAACAGUUCCAGAAAUCGCCAGAGAAUCCAUUCAAUCAAGUCACAGUGUCUCACGACGCCACAAAGGAUGAGAAGGUCGCUGCGCUCAAAAAGAAGAACGCUGCCGUGGAGGAAAGGCUGCGGGCCUGA